ACCACAACCGCCGCAUCUCCACCUUCCUGCUAAUAGCGCCCUAUCUACGCCUAUAUCCUUAUUUAAAUAGGUUAUAGACGUACUAUACUCUCCUAACAAUCUGAACUUUUUAUACUUAAUUAAAUCACUUAUGAAAAUGGCUUUUAAGCUUAUUAGAUCAAGUUCUCAAAGAGAGCAAUUCAUCGCUUCAUUACUUAGAGAUUAUUACAGAAGAGAGUGCUCGGCUUUCCAUAAGUUAGGAUGGGAUUCAAACAAUUUUGUUUACCGAGUUCAGCUCCUGCCUAUUAAAGGGACCCGACUUGAAUUCAACAAUGAGCCACCUCCUCAGCAGCAACCCGGGACGACGGUACUGCCCUCGAGUAUGAACGAGGUUGUAGCCCGCAUCUCAAAUAUUGAGGCUAUUUUAAAUGAGGACGUACGAGUAGAAAAUGAGGUCGCUGCUAUGUGUCUCAUGCGAAAUGCUCUCGGCAGUCUUGAUACAAUGUUGGUACCUAACGUAUUUGCAUGGGGCCGGUCCACCUCUGAAACUCCUGGUUGGAUCAUCCAAGAGUUUAAGGAUGGUGUUCAGCUAGAUAAAGCCUUCGACAACAUGGACCUGGGAACUCAACAGAAGAUCCAGAAACAGAUCGCAGAAAUGUUCAAAUUGAUCCAAGAUUACCCGCUCCCCGCAUCCAUUGUUGGGUAUGGUGGGCUUGCGUUCGCCAAAUCUGGCGACAUUAUUACCGGGCCAACCUCAAUACCUUGUGGAGGACCUUUUAAUACUCUCGAAGAUAUGUAUGCUCAGAUGAUGCGAUGGCAGCUUGACGAUUCCAAAACCUCACCAAUUCUAAACGGCUGGGACGAUCAGCUGCAGAAAAGACUGGAUCACUUUCUUGCUGAAGGCAUUGUUCCACUAGUUCGUAAUAAUUCGAUAGCACGCCAAACAUUUAUCCACGGCGAUCUAGAUACUUAUAAUAUGUUGGUCGAUCCUAUUUCCAAUAAAUUGACGGCAAUCCUUGACUUCGAUUUAUCCCAUGUUGCCAGCCCUGCAGAAGAGUAUUUUUACUCUUUAACUAAUCUAGGGUCAAUGCUGGCCGGUCCUUUCGAUGACAACCCGGACGAGAUUCUUCUACGUAAAUGCCUGCUGGGGGGCUUUGAUAAUGUCGAUAUUGCCAACGAUAGGGGAGGGAAAAUUAAUUGGAUCGCCGCCCGUGUUACUGAUCAUGAGUUCAUCCAAGCUGGUGUCCUCAGGCCCUCAGAAAUCAAAGGAUGUGGUGAGCUGGCCAACUUGAAGUGGUUUCUUGAAUCUCUUUCGCCCCCGUAUUUUCAUAUGCCUCGGUGGGUAAAAGGUCACAAACUGGAGUUUAUCGAGAAGAAGAAACAGGGCAUACGAUCUACCAUUGAGAAGUACCUUGACCACUGGGGGUUCUAGGGCAACGAUGGGCGUCGUAGCUCCAAGACCAACCUCUAGUAUUGACUUAUUGGUAUUGAACAAGGACACAAGAAUUCUCUCCUAGCUGCUAGCUUUGGAAUUAAACUAUAAAUACAAGUGCGUAGCGGUCCCCGCG